GAACCCCGACCUAUUAAAAUCCUCGCAAAAGAGGGUUAUAGCGUUUUGAAAACCCUCGCUCUCUCUCUUUCGUUCGGCUGUUCUUCUAUGCUUCUCUCUCUUCUUCACAGUCCGUAUCGACUCUCCAAAGUUCGUCCUUCACUUUGAUUCGAUUCCAAAACCCUAUCCUUUCCUUACUUUAAUCACUGUUCAAGGCUUUGAUUAUUGUUACAUACAUUCGAUAAUAUAUAUAUAUAUCUUUGUUUUACUCGGUACUGUUCAAUCUGUUUUUUGGUCUUUGAUUGGAGAUGGUCGCCGGUUCGCGAAUCGAAGGUGGGACUCAAAUUCUAUCUGCUCGCGUGCUUAAAAUCAUUCAAUCUAUCAAACAGAUUGUUCAUAAUCACUCUGAUGCUGAGAUAUAUGCUGCCCUUAAAGAGUAUAACAUGGAUCCUAACGAGACUGCUCAGAAGCUGUUGAAUCAAGAUCCUUUUCAUGAGGUCAGGAGAAAAAGAGACAAGAAGAAAGAGAAUGUAGGGUACAAGGGUUUGAUGGAACCGAGGAAACCCAGUGAGUUUGCAGGGCAAGGGAUGAAAUUCAGUACAUCUGAUCGUGGUGUUCGAAGAGGAGGCUAUGGUCGGAAUGUUACAUCUGUUGCAGGGGGCAGCAGGGAAUUUCGUGUUGUGAAAGAUAACAGAAUAAAUCAAAAUACCAAUAGAGAGAUGAAGCCUCUUUUGGUGCAGUAUUCAACGUCUGCCAGUGAGCAAGUGAAUCCACAUGUUUCUGAGAAGGGCAGCUCAACUGGGACUUCUCACAAUCAAAAGUCAUCUGGUGCGCGUUAUUCGUCUCGAGGUUCAGCUAUGCCAACUGUUUCACACCAUAGGCAAUCCCGGGAUAGUAAUUCAAGCAGCACUACUGGGAAUGAAUUACAGGAGGAGAGGCGGGCACCAGUUCCACCUGUUGUUACACAGGAGCAUGGAUCUCAGCCAAACGAUUCUCAACCACAUUCUACAACCCUGGCAUCAAACCAUUCUGUUGUAGGCGUGUAUUCAUCUUCUUCAGAUCCUGUUCAUGUCCCAUCUCCUGACUCAAGAUCCGCUGCAACUAUUGGUGCUAUUAAGCGUGAAUUUGGGGUGGUAGGUGUUCGGCGUCAGCCAUAUGAAAAUUCAGUGACACCUUCAUCUGCACAAAGCAGUUCUUUCUCAAAUUUGCAUCUGGGAAAAGAUGGUUCAUCUUCUGGAGAAUCAUUUCGACCUUUUGUUGCCACUUCUAAAAGUGAUCAACCAGGUCAAACUAAUCUAACUGAUUCUGUUGUGCCCAGCAUGUCAGUCAGCAGAUCUUUCUUGAGCAAUCAGUAUAAUAACAGACCGCAUCAACAAAUUGUGGGUCACCAAAAAGUGUUGCAGCCUAAUAAGGAGUGGAAACCAAAAUUGAGCAAAAAGUCGAGUCAUAACGGUCCUGGAGUUAUUGGAACACCAGCAAAAUCCGUUCCACAUCCUACUGAAAAUCCCAAGGACUUGGAAACAGAUGCAGCACAGGUGCAAGAUAAACCGUCACAAGUAAACAAUUAUGAGAAUCAGAAUGUAAUCAUUGCGGAGCAUAUUCGAGUGGCUGAGUCUGACCGCUGUCGGCUGACCUUUGGGAGCUUUGGGGCAGAGUUUGAUUCUUCUAGGGACUUUGUAUCCGAGUCCCACACAGUUGGAAGUGCAGAAAAUUCAUCCGUAGAACUCUGUACAAGCAGUUUGUCAGCAUCCGCCCCGGAGUUUUCCAGUGAUGACAUUUCUGCCAGCAAGCACGUAGAUUUACUAGAUGAUCAAGUUCGAAAUUCUGGUUCCAAUUCUCCAGCAUCAGGUGCAAUAUCUGAUAAUCAGAUGUCUGAUAAGAAAGUGUCUUCUAGUCCCCCGAAUUUGGACAGUUAUUCCGACAUUGGGUUGGUUCGUGACGACAGUCCGUCCUACACUCCUUCAGAGUCACAACACCAGCAAGAUGCACCCGAAUUACCAAAUUUCUCGGCGUAUGAUCCCCAAACUGGAUAUGACAUCCCAUAUUUCAGACCAUCAAUGGAUGAGACUGUCAGGGGGCAUGGUCUACCGUCUCCUCAGGAGGCCUUGAGCUCGCACACAGCCAACAGUGUCCCUACAUCCGCAAUAGCCAUGGUACAACAGCAGCAACAACCAGUGGCACAAAUGUAUCCACAACUUCACGUUUCUCAUUUCGCCAACCUCAUGCCAUACCGCCAGUUCCUAUCCCCCGUCUAUGUUCCACCAAUGCCCAUGCCUGGCUAUUCUAGUAACGCUACCUAUCCUCAUCCUUCAAAUGGAAGCAGUUACUUGCUGAUGCCCGGAGGUAGCUCACAUCUUGGUGCAAAUAGCCUCAAGUAUGGAAUUCAGCAGUUUAAGCCUGUUCCUGGAGGUAGUCCCACAGGGUUUGGGAACUUCACUAGUUCAACCGGAUAUGCUAUGAAUGCUCAAGGUGUAGUUGGCGGUGCGACAGGGCUUGAUGAUUCAUCUCGGCUCAAGUACAAAGAUGGCAGCCUGUAUGUUCCUAAUCCGCAGGCCGAGACUUCUGAAAUUUGGAUUCAGAAUCCGAGGGAGCUUCCUGGUUUGCAAUCUGCUUCGUACUACAAUAUGCCAGGUCAAACGCCUCAUGCUGCUUACUUGCCGUCCCACACUGGUCAUGCUGCUUCCUUCAAUGCCGCAGCUGCCGCACAAUCUUCUCACAUGCAGUUCCCAGGCUUGUACCAUCCUCCUCCACAGCCCACGGCAAUUGCUAGUCCCCACCACUUGGGACCCGCCAUGGGUGGCAAUGUUGGAGUUGGGGUGGCGGCGGCAACUCCUGGGACCCAGGUGGGUGCAUAUCAGCAACCUCAACUAGGUCAUCUCAAUUGGACAACUAACUUCUGAAAAAAGAAUGCAAUGCCAAUUUGGGGCCUUUCUUGUAAGGGAUUUGAAUCUCUAGAUAUGGAAGUUUUUUUUUUGGUUCUUUCCUUUUUCUUUGAAAUGAGAACCUCAUUGUCUUAUCCUUCCUAAUCAAUGCAUCAAGUGUUGUUAAAUUAUCA